CUAGGUAAGAUCUCCUCUGUUCUUGAAUCCGUGCUUUCUGCUGUUGAUUUGUUAAACAUGUUGAUUGUGAGACUUCCCUCCUAUUACGUGUUCCAAGGCACACCAAUGAACCGAAGUACGAGUGCCAUUCUGAAGAGGCCCCCGUCUCUUGGAUGUCUAAAAAGCAUUGGCUUGAAAUCUUCUCCUGCUUUCAGAGUAUGUGCAAUGGCAACGUACAAGAUUAAGCUGAUUGGACCGAAGGGUGAAGAGAGUGAGUUCGAGGCUCCUGAUGAUUCCUACAUCCUAGACUCCGCGGAGAAUGCAGGAAUCGAGUUGCCUUAUUCUUGCAGGGCAGGGGCCUGCUCGACUUGUGCUGGGCUGAUGGUGUCGGGAUCAGUGGAUCAAUCUGAUGGAUCCUUCCUUGAUGACAAUCAAAUGGAGAAGGGUUAUGUGCUGACUUGCAUCUCAUACCCAACCUCGGACUGUGUGAUCCACACACACAAGGAGGGUGAUCUCUACUAAAAGCCACCGUUUCCAGGUUGGCACUGAGCGACUCUCAAAUCUUGUUGAGAAAUAAUAUGGAUCAGCGAUGAUUUCAUGGUGCUACAAGCUCUGUUGCACCAUUGAUGUUUCAACAUGCCAGUGUUUGUUGCAUCUCUCUCCAUUUGACGUUUUUUGCGUUGGUUUCUUUCCUUCGAGUGUAUUGGAUGUAACAUUUAAAUAAAUGUUCACGUUCACAGAGAGAGAGAGAGAGAGAGAGAGAGAGAGAGAGAGAGAGAGAGAGAGAGAGAGAGAUGAAAUUGGGGCCAUAAUGUAAAAAAAAAAAAAAACCCUUUUUGACAGGGUGGAUCAGUUUCAAAAUA